AUGCUUUUAAGACGAUGUCUAUCACAUCGUUUUCAUCAAACAUUUCGUUUUUGUCCAUAUCAUUAUCGUUUUAUGUCUACACGUCGUACAAAUCCAUUAGGGAUUCAAAUGCUUAGUUCGAAAUUACAUAAACAAUUAUUUUCGUCAGUUGGUGAACCGCAAUAUUCAAAACAGAAUAUCGAAAAAUCGAAAUACCAUCUUCGUCAAUUUGAUCUUGGCACAAAUGAAAGUGAAAAACUUGAAGAUAUUGAAUUUGAUUUGCCACCAUUAGAAAAUAAUAAUCUAGCUGAACAUUUUGCAAUCAUUGCACAAAAACAAUCGAAACCCUAUAUUGAUCUUAUCCAUCAAUUAAUUAAAGCUAAGAUACCAUCACAACCAACUGAAUGGAAAUAUGCAAAAGGAUGGACAAAAUAUUCAACAGAUGGUCAAACAGCAACAUCUAUUGAUUAUCCACAUGAACAAGUGAUGGUUUUUGAUGUUGAAACUUUAGUUUGUGAAGGAAAUUUUCCUGUUUUGGCUGUUGCACUCUCGCCUAACCAUUGGUACACUUGGUGUAGUUCACGCUUAACCGAUGAAGAAUUUCGUUUAAAAAGUAAUGUUAAACUAAAUGAUAUGAUACCAAUGGAAUCAAAUCCAUCGGUACCAUCAAUUGUUAUUGGUCAUAAUGUUGCAUUUGAUCGUACAUAUAUUAAAGAACAGUAUCAACUCGAAAGUACAGCAAUGCGCUUUCUCGAUACAAUGAGUUUACAUAUAAUGUGUUCGGGUUUUACACAUGCACAACGAUUACAAUAUCAAGCAUUUGAAAAAAGUGCAUUAGCAAAAUCAGAUGAAAAAGACCAUCUAUCUGGAGAAGAAGAUUUCGAUGAACAAUAUUUAUCUAUAUUAUUAGCAAGUGAAAAAGAUAAAGAUGCAAAAGCAUAUGCAAAACUGCGUAACACACAAAAUCUUAAAUGGAAAUUUGAAAGCAGUUUAAAUAAUCUUGUAUCUGUACAUAAACUUUAUUGUAAACCAGAAGUACCGUUAAGUAAAGAAGCGCAACAAGUAUUUAUCAAUGGAAAUAUUUAUGACAUACGUAAAAAUUUUCUAGAAUUAAUGACUUAUUGUGCAAAUGAUGUCAAAGCAACAUUUGAAAUAACGCAAAAAGUCUAUCCCAUGUUUGAAGCAAGAUUUCCUCAUCCUAUAACAUUAAGCGGCAUGCUUGAAAUGAGUCGAAUGAUUUUACCAAUAAAUAAUAAUUGGACAAGAUUUAUUAGUGAGGCUGAUCGAACAUAUGAGAGUAUUAAUUCAGAUAUUCAACAUGUACUGAUGCAAAUUGCUAAUGAAGCAUGUCAUCAAGCUAUUGAUCAAAAAUAUAAAAAUGAUCCUUGGCUAUGGGAUCUUGAUUGGACUACUCAAUCUAUGCGUUUUCUGAAAUCAUCAAAAGCUAAACCAUCGAUAGCAAAAGUUGAGGAAACAACAGACAAUCCAAUUUUUAAAAUUGCUGGAAACAUUUGGCCAACUAAAACAAUGAUAGAUGACGAUAAUGAUAAUGAUUCAAAAAUAGCUCCAAGUCAAGAAAUUAAAAAAAUUCUCGAUACAUAUUCUACUUUAGGUAAAAUUCAACCGCAUAUGCCAGGCUAUCCAAGUUGGUAUCGAGAUUUAUGUAUGAAACAAUCAAAAGGCGAUAUUACCAAUGAAGAAUCAUCUUGGAAACCAGGCCCACAAUUGAUAUCUACUAAAAUGCGUAUUGUACCGAAACUAUUACGUUUAACUUGGCUUGGUUAUCCUUUGCAUUAUGAUGAAAAAUAUGGCUGGGGAUAUUUAGUACCAGGCUUAGAAAUCAAUGAAGAAGAAGAAGAAGACUUAGAAGAAAAAGGUGAUUUUCCUUAUGAUGCAAUCAAACAAGUAUGUAUCAAAACAAAACCAUUUGAACGUAGUCAAACAAAUAUGGAACUUCAAGUAAUUGAUGAUAAUUUAAAUGAAUUAGCAAAAGAUAUUGAAGAACUUGAAGGUAAAAAUGAAGCUCAUCUAUUUAUGGAAAAUCUUUUACAACAACAGGAAAAAUUAAUUGAGCAACGAAAAAAACUUGUUCCAUCCGGUAAAUUUUGUCAUAUUCAUCAAGGCAAUGGACCUUAUCCAGUAUCGAAUGUGCCUGGUUGUUGGUUUUUUAAAAUACCACAUAAAGAUGGAAAUGAAAAAAAUGUUGGCAAUCCUCUAGCAAAAUCAUUUGCUGCAAAAAUUGCUGAUGGAACGCUACGUGCACAUGAAUCAACAGCUGCUAAAUGGCUUCUUGAAUGGAGUAAAAUGUUAAGCUAUUGGGAAAAUAAUGAAAAAAGAAUCAAAUCUCAAAUGGCUGUAAAAAUCAAAGAUGAUGGUACAUCUAUUAUUUUACCUCGAGUUGUUGUUGCAGGUACUGUUACAAGACGAGCUGUUGAACCAACUUGGUUAACUGCAUCGAAUGCUCGAACAGAUCGUAUUGGAAGUGAAUUGAAAGCAAUGGUUCAAGCACCGUCAGGCUUUUGUUUUGUUGGUGCAGAUGUUGAUAGUCAAGAAUUAUGGAUAGCUUCAAUUCUUGCUGAUGCACAAUUUGCUGGAAUGCACGGUUCAACAGCAUUUGGUUGGAUGAAUUUACAAGGGAAAAAGAAAGAUGGAACGGAUCUUCAUAGUAAAGUAGCUAAUUUAGUUGGUAUUAGUCGAGAUCAAGCAAAAGUAUUUAACUAUGGACGAAUGUAUGGAGCAGGAAAAACAUUUGCAGAGAAAUUAUUAAUGCAAUUUAAUCAUCAACUAUCAGCAUCGGAAGCAAAAACAAAAGCAAAUUUGAUGUAUUCGCAAACAAAAGGAAUUAAAGAUCGAAAAAGUGACUUAUGGGAAGGCGGCUCAGAAUCUGAAAUGUUCAAUAGUCUUGAAAUAAUUGCUCGUAAUCGAUCACCCAAAACACCUAUACUCAACUGUCGUAUUAGUCGAGCACUUGAGCCAGACAAUGUCAGUGAUGGCUACAUGACAAGUCGUAUUAAUUGGGUUGUACAAAGUUCAGCUGUUGAUUAUCUUCAUUUGAUGCUUGUUUGUAUGAAAUGGCUUAUUGAUACAUAUGAUAUACGAUGUCGAUUUGUUUUAAGUAUUCAUGAUGAAGUUCGCUACAUAUGUCAUGUGGAUGAUCGAUAUCGAGCUUGUCUUGCAUUACAAAUUACUAAUUUAUUAACUCGUGCGAUGUUUGCAAGUUGUUUAAAUAUGAACGAUUUGCCAGCUUCAGUUGCUUUUUUCAGUUCAGUUGAUGUUGAUCAAUGUUUAAGAAAAGAACCAUAUAUGGAUUGUAAGACACCAAGUAAUCCAUUAGGUCUUGAAGUUGCAUAUGAUAUUCCAAAAGGUGAAUCAUUAACAAUUGCCGAUAUUCUCAAAGUAACAAAUGGACAAUUACAAAAGGAAAAAAUCUCAACUGUUGACACUAAAUAG